AUGGCUUCAGUAUACGAUAGAUUAGGCGAGCAUUCAAAAGCACUUUCGUCUUAUCAAAAAGCACUUGAAAUCAAACAAAAGUCUCUUCCUGAAAAUCAUCCUUCAUUAGCAACUUCCUACAACAACAUCGCUAAAAUGUAUUACAACAUAGGACAACACAAUGAAGCACUUUCAUUUUUUCAAACAGCACUUGAAAUCUAUAAAAAAAUUCCUACUGAGUAUCAUCCUUCUGUAAUAACCUGCUACAACAAUAUCGGUGAAGUGUAUCGAAGUAUGGGAGACUAUUCACAAGCACUUUCAUUUCAUAAAAAAACACUUGAAAAACGAGAAAAAUAUCUUCCAUCCAACCAUCCUGAUUUGGCUCAGUAA